UGUACAUUUCGUUGAAUGUCAUCAGUCAUUGUCAAAAAUAAUUUGAAUUGUUAUUUGUAUUUUGUGUUUGUUGAUGAAAAUUGAAAAAUUGUAAAUUUUUCACCAGCUAGGAGUACUAGUGUUCUGUGUUUUAUCUAAAAAUCUUAAAUUUCAUCGAGAAAGUAGACAACAUAUACAUUAAACAGAUUCAAAUCGAAUUUUUGAAGAUGCAGGAUAAACUAAUUAAUCAAGAAAUUGCUAAUUUGGACUAUAAUAGUAUAGCAGCAUUACAACAAAAACGAACCCUCGCUUUUGUAAAUCAUUUUGUCGUGACAACUGUUCAAUUUCUUAACAAUUUUUCUAAGCAAUGUGAAGAGAAGUUGAUGCAAUUUGAAGAUAAGUUAGAGAAAAUUGAUGCAACAAUGAUUUUAUUGGAAACUAAACUUUCAUCCAUUCCAGAAGUGAAUAAUGUAGAAAUACCAAAGAAAGUAGAAUCUACACCUACAGAAGAUAAAACAGAUUCUAAUACAGAAGUUAUGCCACCUGAACCUGAACCUGUUGUAGAAGAAAAGAUUGAGACACCAGUGAAUCCAGAAUAUUUGAGAUUUGUCAAAAUGGUCCAAGUUGGUGUACCGUUACAAGCUGUGAAGUUGAAACUUACUUUGGAAGGAUUAGAUCCCAAUGUAUUGGAUAAAAUAUUGGCAAAGUAAUUGAAAUUACUGUUAUAGAAUUCUAUAAAGCUUUAAUUUUGUGCAAUGUUUCCACUAUGUUAUAUAGAAAACUAGGUUUAACCCGCGGCUUUGCCUGCGCAGUCAGAGAAAAACAUGUAUAGUUCCCGUUCCUGUGGAAUUUACGGGAUUGUGUCAUUUUUCCGGGAUAAAAAGUAGCGCAUGUACUUUCUCGGGUAUCAAAAUAUCUCCAUACCAAAUUUCAUGAAAAUUGGUUCAGUAGUUUAGGCGUGAUUGAGUAACAGACGGACAGAGUUACUUUCGCGUUUAUAAUAUUAGUAUGGAUGUACGUUUGUUUUUAUUCUUAGAAUAUUGUUAGUUUUAAUCUAUUUACUGUAAUACUAUAUAAAGUAAAUUAUGAAACUGUUAUCUUGUGCAGCCUCGUCUAUUAUUCUAAUAUUGAAAUGACAAAUAUUUUGCAGAUAAAAUCAUUAGAAAUUUAUGAGGUAUCCUUGUGAAAGCUUCAUUGCAUUAUUUAAUUUAUAAAAAAGCUAAAUAUGUGGUAAAAAUGUAUACUUUUGCGUUUGUAAAAAAGAAUAAGAAUGGUUUUUGGGAUUUUGUUAUGCAGAUUUCAGAUGUUGCAUGGAACUGAAUAUAAGUUGAUAUAGGUAUUUAUCAUAUUUGUGUAGAAUAUUAUGCCACAUAAAAUAGAAUAUAAUAUAUUACUUGUUAAUUAUAUAUUAAAGAAAUGAAUAAAGCAGUUUCCAU